AUGGAAUACUACAUCUUUGCCCUGCUGGUGGUCCUCCUCUCCUGCUUUCAGCAGUGCUGGUCUGCGUCAUGUGUGGUGGACAGCUUCACAGUCAAGCAGGACUUCGACCCCAAGAGGUAUGCUGGGAAAUGGUAUGCCCUGCAGAAGAAGGAUCCUGAGGGCCUGUUCCUCCAGGACAACAUCUCUGCUGAGUACACUGUUGGUGACGAUGGCACCAUGACAGCCUCCUCCAAGGGUCGCGUCACCCUUUUCGGGUUCUGGGUUGUGUGUGCUGACAUGGCCGCCCAGUACAGUGUGCCUGACCCCAGCACCCCUGGCAAGAUGUUCAUGAACUACCAGGGCCUGGCUAGCUACCUGUCCAGUGGAGGUGACAACUACUGGGUCAUUGACACCGACUAUGACAACUACGCCAUCACCUAUGCCUGCCGCACCCUGAAGGAGGAUGGCAGCUGCGACGACGGCUACGCCCUGAUCUUUUCCCGCAACCCCCGCGGCCUGCCCCCCGCCAUCCAGCGCAUCGUCCGCCAGAAGCAGGAGGAGAUCUGCAUGGCCGGCCAGUUCCAGCCCGUGCUGCAGUCCGGUGAGUGUGCACCUUCCACACAGUAA